CUUACGUCAACGCAAAAAUCGAAGUGGAUUUCUCCAGGCGUACACUCCUUAUUUUCUGUAUUGCAACUAACAUUUUUUUGUACAUAAACUAAUCAACAUGAUGUGCCCGAAACCACAAAGACUUGCCGCUGUAAAGGAAUAUCCCUAAGGAACACCACGAAUGGGACCGAAAUCUGCGCUUCUUUACAGCUAAGCUAGCAAAACUUGUUAGCUAAGAGGCUAGCGCUAGCUAUCCGUUUGCACGUUAGCCUAGCCCGCUAACCACUGACAACUGACAAAGUCGACACGCCCCUUUCAUCCUCAAGACAUCUUCCCAAGAAUCAGCACGGCAUUCCUGUCUGCAGUUCCCCCAGCACCUGAACCAUGUGAGGGCCCCUCGGUGCAGUCUGAGGGGAUCCCAGGACUGUUGUGAAUUUAACCCCGCUGUGCGGGGCUGGACUCAUCCUGUCUGUGUCUGAGAGAACAGCCUAUCUGAUUGGCCCCCCUCCCCCUCCCAGUCCACACAUUCUCGCUCUCCUUUCCCAAGGAGACACGCCAUGAUGUUCCGAGACCAGGUAGGUAUCCUCACAGACUGGUUCAAAGGCUGGAACGAGUGUGAACAGACGGUGGCACUGUUGUCCCUCCUGAAGAGGGUGUCCCGCACCCAGGCUCGCUUCUUACACAUCUGCCUUGAACACUGGCUGGCGGACUGCACCGAAAUACACAUCCUUGAAGCCGAGGCCAACAAUGCAGCAAUUGUCAGCCAGUGGCAUCAGGAGCCAAAAGAGAAAGUAGUGUCCUUGCUGUUGUCCCAUCUGCCAUUGCUGCAGCCACGUAACAGUGAAGCCAAAUGUGAGUACAUGAAGCUGCUGCAGAAGGUGUUGAGUCACACGAUUGAGAGUAGCUUGUUUGUGGAAGAAAGCAGACAGCUGCUGUCCUACGCACUCAUCCACCCCGCCACCACACUGGAUGAUCGCACCUCUCUGGCUAUGUGGUUAAACCACCUGGAGGAACACCUUUCUGGUGGCUAUGCGCCCCGGGCACCUCCCAGCCCGUACCACCCACGCCAAGGCUCUGACGAAUGGCCCAGCUCUGCUGAGGCUCUGGACCCUGGCAGUGCCUGGCAUGAUAAGUCCCCUUCAUCCAGCACGUCUCCAGCAGGACAGAACGGACACAUGCCUUUUCCAGGCGGAAUGUCGUCACCUAUCAACAGCAAUAAUACAGGUCCGGGUGGGCAGAUGCAGCCGAGCCCUCUGAAGAAGCCCAUGUCCAUUAUUCCUUCCAGUCCUCAAGCCUGUGGCUCUGAAUGGGGCAGCCAGGACGAAACGGGAGGAAGGCAGAGCUUCAUCGCAGCAGACCACGCUCCCCUGUCACCGCAGAGCAGCGUGGCCUCUUCAGGCAGCGAGCAGACAGAAGACCAGGGCUCCGCACGCAACACCUUCCAGGAGGACGGCAGUGGCAUGAAAGAUGUUCCUGCAUGGUUGAAAAGCCUCCGCCUUCAUAAAUAUGCAUCACUCUUCUCUCAGAUGACCUACGAGGACAUGAUGAUUCUCACUGAGCAGCACCUGGAGUCCCAGAACGUCACUAAAGGAGCGAGGCAUAAGAUUGCCUUGAGUAUCCAGAAACUGCGAGAGAGACAGAGUGUACUCAAGUCUUUAGAAAAGGAUAUUUUGGAAGGGGGGAACCUACGAAACGCCCUGACGGAGUUGCAGCAGAUCAUCAUCACGCCCAUCAAGGCCUACAGUCCGCCCAGUGCAGUCCAGCCUGCCUCGGACACUUCCUCCUCCUCAUCCUCCUCCUCCUCCUCCUCCUCCUCCCCUUCGGAAGCUGCUAAAACAGGAGCAGACAAAGAGCCGACCUCAGAGGGCUUCCAGCCCCACAACCCUCCUCCCUGCGACGGGGACUCGUCGGUCACGCCCAUCUCAGACGGAGACAUUGCUGGACAGUUCACCCGUGUUAUGGGUAAAGUGUGCACCCAGCUGCUGGUGUCGAGGCCAGACGAGGAAAAUAUCAGCUGUUACCUUCAACUCAUUGAGAAGUGUCUGAUACAUGAGGCUUUCACAGAAACUCACAAGAAGCGGUUGGUCUCCUGGAAGCAGCAGGUCCUCAAACUGCUCCGCCUGUUUCCUCGGAAAGCCAUGCUGGACAUGCCCGUGUACCGACAGAAAGGCUGGACCUAUGGGUCCAACUCCCUCCCCACAGCAGGCUCUGUGAGUGGAGGUGUAGGGCGACGGGGCCAGAGGCAGUUUCAGAUGACCCCUCGUGGACUCCCGGCCGGACGCAUGUGUCUUCCCGGUGGGAUUGGGGGGGCGUCUCCGCGCCACACACUCACUAAUCCAGCACUGGCAAGUCAGGGCAGACAAAGCCUGUGGUUUGCCAACCCCGGGGGCAGUAACAGCAUGCCAAGUCAGAGUCGCAGCUCCGUGCAGCGGACGCACUCACUCCCUGUCCACACGUCCCCGCAGACCAUGCUCAUGUUCCAGCAGCAAGGUAUCGAACAAGAAUGCCAAGUUCCAGGUGCUGACCUGGAGAUCAACCCCACGCUGGAGUCACUGUGCCUCAGUAUGACGGAGCAUGCCUUAGGGGAUGGAACAGACCGGACGUCAACAAUAUGAAACGGGAGAAAGGAAAAAGAAAAACACUUCAGUGGAGGCCUGUUCAGUUCCUCAUCACCCAGCACAAAGAUAUACGUAUGCUUCAGAAAACCAGGCAAAGCAGUCACUACAAAUUGACAAAAAAAAAAACAAAAAACUGUGUAUAUGUUCUCUAAUAUUUUUGUACUUUAUUAUAUACGACUAAGUUUAUUAAAAAUGGAAUACAGAUGAUUAUUAUAUUGUAGGACAGAGAAAAACAAGGUGAACUUUGCAAACUGCUCCGUGUCAGCUGCAGGACUGUGGCAUGAUGUGCAGAGAGCUCGGUUCGCCUGGGUGAGAGAAAAACUGUAGAUUGGUGCUGUCUUAAAGGGGCUCUGCCCUAGAAGUUACUUCUUUUGUUUCCCCCCACUUCCACUUCUGCCUUGGAGCAAGGCUUUCUAUCUAAAACACACUGAUGGCCACAGAACCUGUAAACGCAUCCUGUGUAGAUUCAGAGAAAUUCCAGCAAAUUCCAGAAGUCGGCACUUUUUGUUCAGCGAUCUCCAGUGUGAGGCACUACACUGUAAUUGGCCCCAGGAAACACUCACCUCACUUCCACUUGUCAACAGGUGCCGGAUCACUUUCCCAGCCACCAUAAUUAUUGAGCAGCAGCCGCGGACAGCUUUCCUCGGCGCUCCCUGUCCCCUCCAGAGACCCCCAGACUGUGUCUGCGGUGGAGAGGACAGUCAGGCUGAGUGAGAGCCAGCGCGUCAGCCGCAGAAAUACUUCGUCUUGGUUGUUUUUCCACAAGUUGUAGUCAAAGUAGAAGUAACUGUCCUCCUCAAAACGUCUACAAAGCCAAAGAGAAGGGUUGUGCGCUUGUUAAUUUGAGAAAGAUUUGUUGUAAAAUACAACAGAAUGGUUUAAUUUUUUUUUUUUUUUUUUUUUUAAGAAAAAGAACAGCGGUUUGAAGAAUUUAUGCCAGCUGCAAUUUGUCUCUGUUAAUUCUUUUCCCUACUACAUAAAUGAUGAUGAAUCUCAUUUUGUGCCGAGGAAUGCCCCGAGGGGUUAGCCAGGGCUGGUGGGGUUUGCACUGUGGAAGAGCCGAUUUGAUAGUGAACUGAUAAAAGUGAGCCGGGCAGAUUGUUUUCAAUUUACACUCUAAUUCUGGGUGAGAAAACUAAAUGAAACCCAUCUCAAGCCUCUGGCCCCUUUAUGAUUGGCUCGGGAAAAUGAAGCUUGAUCUUGUAAUAAAGGCGCAGCGCCUCAUCCCCACAGUGCCCUCCUCUUCCUCCUCCUCCUCCUCCUCCUCCUCACGCGGCCAACAUGACGAUUUGAUGAAUCAUACUCUUCAAGGUGCUUGACGAUGUCCAUGUUUUGUUUUUUUUUUGUGUGUGUGCGUGCGUGCGUGUGUGUGUGUCUCUCUCAGUGUGUUACAGUCUUUGAACCCGAACAUUAUCACGUGGUAUCAGUGUUGAAUCAAAAAAAAAAAAAAAAGAAGCAGCAGCAGCAAACUGUCUUAUACAGCCUCUGUCUUUGAAUGUGACAGAGCCGGAGGUGCAUGUAUGUGUAAUAUGGUCUUAACUUUCGGAUCACUUUUGGUUGCAUCAUAAGGCAGGGAUAACUUCACAUAUUAUUUCAGCGGAGCCAUAGGAGGUCUGUCUAGUAAAGAUGGUUAUUUACAGAUAUCUUUUCCAAUUGUAUUUUUUACUCUCCCUUGAUAUUGAUAACUUACGCUUAUUUUCUAUAAUCGCAUGUUUUGCCACACUAAUACAGCACUGUUGUAGAUAGAGGACAUGGUGGUUGAUGGUGCCCAGUGUCGCCAGCGACUCGAAAGCAAAAGGUCUCGCAACUAAUGUUGUAUGUUUAUAUCGCCUAAAUGUCACUGUUUACAUCUCUCUGGGACAAUGCCCGAUUCAUGUGAUGUGACGUCAUGAAUAUUCCAUUGUCUCGCUAUGUUAACGCGUUAAAGAACUGAAGCCUUCUCACACAGGAGCUGGCUGGGUGGAGCGCUUGAACACAGACGUCUGCUCCCCUCUCUCAUCUCGCGCAGUAGACCUGUUCAAGUGACGACUGUAUGAGGCAUGUAACACCGGCUUUUUCUUUCUUUCUUUUUUUUUUUCAUGCGGUAAUGAGAAAGAACAGCUUCUCUGGCCUUGUGAUUAAACCGUUGGCUGUCAUGUCCUGACGAACUGUUCAUGUGGUGCCUGAAUCGCUCUGCUCCAGCAUCUUCAACAUGUUUGUUGUAACAAUGGUCUUGAGAAGUAUUCUAGUCAUGGAUUUCUUCAGAGCAGGCUCUUGGAUAGAUCUGACUUAGUAAACAAGAAAACAAAAAACAAACAAACAAAACAUCACAACCACAACGGACUUCAGUGAGCUGACAAUGCUGGCUUUAAGACUCGGCUGUCUUAUUUUCAACUCCUCAUUAUACUGUGUCUCAACUGUUACGUUCCCGAUGGCUCAGAUCAUCCUUUUCAUGGCCUCUGUUGCUUUGGACAGCCCUGCUUAUUACUAGUCACAGAGGUACAAUGCAGCAGCCUUCCUGCAAAGUGUGUGUUCACAGCGGUGAUGCAGCAGGGGAUGACAAUGCUUAUCUGAGCCACAAACGAUGUGAUUAUGAGUAAACUGAACACUAAUAACAGGCCAAGGAAUAUGUUUACUCCAUGUUUACAUUCCAAUGAUGCGUGAAAUGAGUUGGGAAAUGCACUUCAUGACUUCAGCCUGGUGUAUUUUUUGAACAUACCAAGCAUCCACUCGGAGGUACAGAGCCUGUGUCAAUAUGGAGACGUCGACCAAGUGGUCCCCAGAACAUGCUGAAAGUCCCUGCCAGGCUUAGUUAUUGAAUUAAUGCAGCCAGCAGUAGGCUACACUGCAGUUUUCUGUCUUGUACAAUUUAUAUUUAAUUCUGAUAAUGCCCCUCAGACAUUUUCUAAUGUUUUAUGAACCUUUUGCAUCACAUGCUUACACUCUACUUUUUUACUGUCACUCAUUUGUGUGAAUGGUCUGAAGUGCAACAUCCGUCGGAUCAUCGACAGUCCAAAUAAAGAGGUUCAGUUCUUUUGCAA